GAAGAAGAAGAAGAAGAAUGGGGAAAGGGGGGAGGGUCAGAUCUAGAUAGAAAUGUUUUGGUUUUCGUGUGAUCUGUACAUGAAGUCUUCAAACCGAGUAGGGGACAGGCCAAGUAGACAGGUUCAGUGGUACACACGACAAGUGGACAGGAUGUCAAAGCGGUAACGAAUUCUUCACUGUCGUUUUACAAUAACGUGAAUCUGGUCUGUAACGGAUCGAAACAACUCCUCGGCUUUGAUAAGUUAACUAAAAAAAAAAAAAAAAAGAAUUGAAUGCUUUGGCGUUGUCAACGUUGAUAAUUGUAAUGUGUCGAAGUUUUACGUGUUUCGUUUUAAGUGAACUGUGAAUGUUGGUGUCGUGAUGUAGUGAACAGAGAGGAUUAGAAGUCGAUAUUUCAUUUUAACGUGUUUUGUAUCUCAGUAUUCGCAACGCCGCUUAUGGUCAUAUAAGACAAUAAAUACAAUACAUCUGGUAUCCAGACCCGACCACCGAAACCAAGUGAACUGAACUCUGCUUUUCCUCGUGCCUGUCAUCACUAGGCACUUACUUAUAGGAUAAGGGCGAGAAUUAACCAGUGGUUUACUAGUUUCUUCAAGUUCAAACAUUAAAAUCAUAAAACAGAUCUCUUACGAAACAAGCAUUUUACUUAAAACUGAGUUUGUAUAUAGUAAAAUAGAAUUAUUUAAACUCAAUACAAACGUAAAGUAUCGACACAUGCAAGAUUCUGGGUGUAAUCAACCGAUAAAUUAUAUAAGUGUUGACAGUGUAAAAUACCUCAUUAAGCACUCUGGAUGGCCCAAACUGUCUUAACAUUCAUUAAUAACAAUAUUAGCGUGGACAUGUCAGUUCAUGGAGGCGGUUCAAAUUGAAGCGUUCCUGUGGAAGAGGAAGGGAAGAGGAGAGGGAUUGUUGGAGGGGAGGUAAAAAGAGAGCUUCGUUUGAAGGAAGAGUGAGACGGAGGAAAGGAGGAGGAGAACAGUGGAAAUCCCUCCCUCUGUGCCCCACGCAUGAAGUUGUAUAAGUCUUAAACAGGAGACGAAUGAAAAGAGUACCUAUCUUGGACUUGAUAUGUUAAGAAUACGCAUUUAACACAUGACAGGUCGCUAACGGCUUCGAACACUUUUGCCCAAAAUAAUGUGUAAAUCGUAAUCACAAUACAUAACUAUAUAAUAUCUUUAUAGAGGCCUAUAUAUAAACUACAUUUAUUAAAACAGGUUAGCAGAAAUGUACAAUCUUGGGCUUUCAUUUAAAAUUUUCCGUUAAAAUGGAUAAGUUCUUUCGAAAUCUCCAAGUUCUUCGAUCUAUAUCGUGUCAGAACCCGUUAUUAGUGACACUGACAGGUGCUGCUACGUUGCGGUGAGAACAGUGACUUAUUAGCCAGACACGAUUCUCGUGUUUAUAAAACAUCAAACCUGGAACUUGACUUCGUAACGCAAAGCCAACACCAGACCGAUGAAGAAGGCUUGAAUGUGCCAUUUUACUUCAAAAUCUAGCAAACCAAUUUUUUCUUUGUAUAUUUUGUAAUAUAUUUCUUGCUUUCGCGUCAAUCACAGAACAGUUAAAAUGGUUCUCUUUCCACGUCUGCUUCGUAAAAUUACAGACUUGUAGCAUGAUCAGUUUCCUCUCGUUCUUAAUGUGGCGCGCGUGUGAAGAAAAUUAUGACAAGAUUGUAUUUGCUGUAACCUCCAUAUAAUGGAUAGCAACAGUGAUAAACACGUUAUUGAAAAUAUAUUAAUUACAGUUUUAAUAUUCCGUGGCCAAGUUGCGUAACAUGAUACAAAAAAGUCGAUUUUGUUACAACUUCAAACCACUGCAAUGAAAAUCUUAGAUGCCUACAUAAAAACUUUGCAGGGCUGAUGGUGAGUUUUGUGCUGCAAUGUUAUGAACUAACAGAGCCUUGCAUGGUUCCUCGGGUAACUGCAUCGGCUGUAAUAUUCAGUGAACUGUUUUAGGCUGAGACGUUUUGGGUAAGACUUUAUUAAUAAAUGCUGUGUUUGAAAAAAAACUUAAAUUCGUUCCUAAGGCAUGGAAAAUUGUAAAUAUUCUUUUGAAUAUCACUAAAUUCAAUUAGGCCUAGUGCUGUGAGCGAAAUCGUGUAGGGAUGGCCCUGGAGACUGACCGCUGUAGCCCUAGCAGCGCGUCCAGUCCUGGUCCGGCGUCGAGCACCCGCCCGGGGAGUGAUCACUCAUCUCUCAGCAACAGGUCAGCAUCGCCGGAUUCUUGCCGGAGUCUGUGCUGUAACAGCAACAGCCCGCAACCUCCUUCAAUUCUUCACACGCCUUCUGCUUCCCACGAAACACCCCAUCUUAUGCACCACACUCCACAGCCUCCACCUCCCUUGUUCCCCCCGCACCACCAAGAACAAAGGUGUCAAUGUUGUAGACCAGUAUCACCCCUAAUAUACGCUGGUAAUGCCAUUCACAAUACACGUACCCCAAAAUCAACCCCAUCAUCUCCUAGUCAUAAUCGUCAGCCUUUAUGCAACCCCGUACAUACAAGAACACCGCCAUUUUCAUCACCAUCCCCCCAUUCCGCGUCUCCUUCUCCCCAAUCGUCUCUUCCUCCAUCCCCUAGUCAAAACCGUCAUCACCAGCCUUCCCCACCAGAUCACCAGCAGCCAGGAUCUUCCCCCAACGGACAGUCCCCGCGCCCCACAAACAAUGAAAGAGUGCCCCAACCGACAACACUGCCCUUCUCUGUAGCCAACAUCUUGAGGCCGGAUUUCGGAAGAAGAGCGGUAAUAACCUCAAAGCAACACGAAUCUUUAUACAGGCCCGGAGCGAUCCGUCGGGCCGUAACCCCAAUAUGUGAUUACCAAAGACUUUACCGGCCUCACGAACACUUACCAGGGGUACAACCAUUACCAGCACCGAAAGCAACAAAGAAACAGCCCUCGUCUUGGUCACCCGUCACAGCGACAAGGGCCUCGUCACUUCCUGAGGAAACUGCCAAUAGCAAAGCCUCGUCGAAUCACCGACAUGCGAGGAGUAAAGACGCCCAGCUUCCGGUCCAGAGUUCAGGCACCGCGAGCCCUCCACUGUCACCCGCCAGCAGCACGGUGUCUGCCACCUCUUCAACUCCGGACGAGAAGCUGGUCACUGGGGACUCGACGAAGGGUCCUCAGCUCUGGCCCGCGUGGGUUUACUGCACGCGCUACUCCGACAGACCGUCUUCUGGUCCGAGAUCUCGUCGGCUAAAGAAAAAAGAUAAAAAGCCGGAAGAGAAGAGACCCCGGACAGCGUUCAGCGGCGAACAGUUGGCACGCCUGAAACACGAGUUCGCCGAGAAUCGUUACCUGACGGAGCGACGCCGAACGGAACUGGCACGAGAACUGGGACUGAACGAGGCGCAGAUCAAGAUCUGGUUCCAGAACAAACGCGCCAAGAUCAAGAAGGCGAGCGGCCAGAAGAACCCCUUGGCUCUGCAGCUGAUGGCGCAGGGUCUGUACAACCACAGUACUGUGCCGGUGGACGAAGAAGAAGAAGAGGCCAGUGCACUGCUAUUGGCCAACAAUGCACGGAAAGAUUGAACGCAUAUUUCGGUUGAAAAAUACAGUCACUGUUAACAUAAUUUCUUAUCUAACAGCGUAAAGUUCGUGCUAGAAAAUGUUAAGAAAGUCGAAGAGACAUCCAGUUGUAAAACAUAAAUUUAUGGUUCGCAUAACAUUAAAUAAUAUAAUUGUUUGAUAAAAUUAGACAGCCACUUUAAAUGAAAUAACGGAAAUAUUAAUAUUUUUCCCCGAGGAGAAGGAACGUUGAAGCUACAGUGCUAUGUACUUUAAAUAAAUGUAUUUACAUAAAUAUAAAUACAUCUUAGGAGCCCAUAGAUCAAGCCAGAGUCACAUGCAACUCCGGAGCUUUAUCAUGCUUUGAGGUCGAGUGCAAUGAACAAAAAAUAUAUUCUGCAAAUUUAGAAUUAAGCAGCCUAAAAUAAAAGUUUCUAUUAAGGCUAUACAAUUUUUCAGGCCUCAAAAUCUUAAAUUCUACUCAUUUUAAAAUUGAAGUUACAAUUUAAAUAUGCAAUAAUAAUCAGAUCAUUACAUAUUCUUGUAAGUGCGAAUUUUUAAUUAGAGGUCAGUCCAUUUGCGAUUUGUGGUGCAAAAAAAUUGCUCCGAAGCGGAAUUUCUCCUAGUACUUCGGUUUACCAUGCCAAUUCCCCUUUUCUCUCAUUUCUCAUCCGAUGUUGGUACGAGGUGUCAUUUGCGGAAUGAGUACCAAUGUACGCACACUCAGCGCACACCAAUAAUGAAAGAGGUAAUUAGUUAACUAAAUAAUUCAAUUCACAAAGUGUACCUGGGUCUUUGAUGCAAUACUGAAUUAAAUUCCAAGGUGUAAAGUUAUGGAUGCUGGAGAUAAGGAUGCAGAAACUGACUACGUUAUCAUGAAAGUUGACUAAAUCUUGUACACACAGAACUGAACUAACCGAAAUAUUUUCUUAAGAGGGAUAUAAUUUGCCAUAUGGAUGACGGUAUACAUAGGUAACAACAGUUAGUUAUUUGUAUUUUGUGUAUAUUUUUUGCUUCACUGUAUGAGAAAUUACAAGGCCAAAUUCACAGUGGAAAAUAGUUAAAGUCUGGGUAUUUUCGUGUAACCUUUCACGGAGACUAAAAGUUACAAAAUCUGAGGCGAAUAAACAUGUGAACUGUUUAAAAACUGAAUUUCCUCUAAAUAUUAUAUAUAUAAAUUCAGUUCGUACCCCACAGGAACCACUACGUCCUAGCUACGAAGACCAACAGGUUAAUGCUGUUUAGGGACACAGUCGCUGUUGAUUGUGAGGCCUAUAUGAAACAUACAAGUAUACUGCUGACAGAAUUCAAAGUUUAAUAUGUUAUAGCACGUGGUACAUAUUAAUUCGCUUGGUGGGCGGUGGAGUCCAACUGGGUUAACUCGGCACGGUGGCCACUGAUUGGCCUAUUGUAGCCUGCCCCGAGUGAUUGUAAUGAUGGAGGUGGUACAUAUGGUAUCCACUAGGCUCUAAAGGGUUAAUCCAGAGUAGAAGCCCAAUAUUCCAGAGACCGUCUUUAAGUCCGUAAUAGGAGAAUGAUAUAAGCUACACUCCCCUAAUGAAAUACGUGUACUUCUGCUCCAGGUUGAUUACGUUCAUCAUUCACGAAGCUUCUCUGUUUUAAUAUUUCACUUCAGAAGGAAAAUUGUUGUAGGUGGACCCCAUUGGUUUAGACGUAAACAUGUACACUGCUCAGCUUGUUUAUUCUCCUCAAACCGUGCUGAUAUAUCAUCUCUAACAACACAGUUGCAUGAAUAUAAGGUCCAACUGCGCAGUGGAUUUAAUAUCGAAAUUACAGGGUCUGUAACACCUUUCACUGUAGGAUUAUGAUGAAGUCCGUAAUAGAAGAAUUCUUUGAAUGCGAGUGCUUAAAUGAGUUUGCUUAUGGCUACCGGCUAGCUGCCAAGUGGCUCGUCUGGUAGGCAUUCCCACGAACUUGUUGCAACUGACGCGGAGAGGAUGUUGUGCUACAUUUAUAUACAUAUAGAGGGAUAUUUAUAUCUGAUGGUAAUUUAUAUCAAAUAGAACGCAGCCAGAGCCUCAGACCUUGAUAUUGAUGAUAAAAAAAAUAUUAGUACCAGAUUUUACUGAAAUUCAUCUUUCUAGCAGACUUAAAUAUUUCGAAUGGCGUGUGUUCUUAGGGAGUGAGAAAUCACAUUCGUUUUCCGUGUUUUAUAGGAGCUAUGACGAAGUGAAGCUUGACAGGUCAUAAUGCUUGUUCUCGAGAAAAUGUGACGCUAGGGGAAGAGCCCUAGUACAAGUAUAAAGGCCUCCUGAUGUUUGGAAACUAAAUUGAACACUCAGGGGGAGAUGACCCUUAAUAUGAAUAUCUUAUAAGGACUGGAAAGUCACAGAUGUUAGGACACAUUUCAUUAGUAAUUUAUAUUCUCACAGUCCAUGAUAUCUUUGAGUUUUCCAUGUACAGGAUAUAUAGACCAUAAUUGCAUGAGGAAGGAACAAGACGGAGCCAGACAAAGUAUGUUACUGUUUCCAAAUAACAGAGUCAAAUGGAGCUUCUUAAUAAUUAUAUAAAAAAUUCAAUGCGUGUGUAUAAGUAAUAAAUAUGUUUGAAAACUAUGGACUAUUUGCAACAUAUUGAUACAUUGAAAAGGUUCAGUUAACUUAUCCAGGAGGAAAGUUCCUUCCAAACAACUCCCGGGACAGUAUCUCAAAUCCUUUCAGAUUCAAUAUUCAUCCAUCAUCCUGGCAUUUGACGCAGUAUAGUCAAUCAACUGACAUUGCAGGGAAAAUGAACCACGAAAGAGAAUGUACGUCACGUCACAUUAAUUAAAACUGUCGUAGAAGAACUUGAUUAUGCCCAGUCCAACUGAACUACACAUGACCGUUCUUUCGUCGUGUUGAACUUAAACACUGAUAAGUCGUGAGAUAAAGCAUGUUAUGUAAUGUUAUCGUUUUCGUUUUCUGAGAACUGCAACAGCGCAGCAAAUAUUAACAUAGAAUAUCGUCAUCUGUUAUAAUGUGACACGAAUCAACUGAUCAAGUUUACUCAGUCAGUAACACAUCUGCGUCUAUUCGAGACGUAUCCGGUUCGAUCCUCGGCCGGAACACCAAAUAUCCAGGAUACGGUUUGCUUCCUCUUAUUCAGUUCCUUCAGACAAAUUCUAUGUACAAUACCGCAAAAUAGGCCACGACCACUUCUUUCUGCAUACUGUUCAAUUUAGUUCCUUCAGUAGUCUCCCCACAAUUCGUUGUUAUAUAUUCGUGUUCUGAGCGGUCUUUAAAUGACAAAAAUAAAGACAUAGACCAGAAGGAAGAUACCGCAGCAGGCACCCUCCUAUAGUGCAGCCGUGAUUUAAUUGCCCCAGGGCUUGUUGUAUUCAUGUGACGUAGGAAACGUUAAACUCGGAAGCAGAAAUAUAAAACUGGUGUCAGACAAUCAUUUCAACUCGGAAAUUGGAAGGGCACAGAAGCAACUGUGCAGAGUUCGGAGUGCAUACCAAUAUGUGUAGAGAACAGG